UGUAGUAUGUGAAGAGGAUGAAGGGAAUUCGUCAAAGUAGUUUCUUCUUCUUCUUCUUCUUCUUCUUCUUCUUCUCUGCACGAAUGGAGCCGCCGUCUCCCGAUGAGCACCGUGCCGCCAGAGGGGGGCGCUGCUCUCCGCACAUUCAACAAGCUAACACGCUGUCGUCGAAGUUGGCCGCUUCACAGGCGCCACACGCGUCCGUGUUUCUUUCUUUCUUUUAUGUGAACGGGCCCCAGACCCACCAGACCCGGACACCGGCACAGAGCCGAACCGAGCCGCGCCGCGCCGCGAGGGGAGUAAAAUGGCGUCGGAAGAAGUCGGGGGCUGCGGAGGAUCCCUCCUCAGGCUGGAGAGCCUUAGCAGCUGUUGCUACGCUACCGCCCAUAGCUACCGCCACGGGGCUGCCAGUGUGAGAGCAGUCCCCAUCAAAAAGAAUCAACUCAAACAAAUAACCGUCAUAAUGCAAUAGGACCCCCUUCUGAAGAGCAGGCGCGGUGGCAGGGUAGCUGACGUCGCGGUUUAUAGAGCAGAGCUGUGAGAGUGACUGACCCCCACAACACUUCUCCACUGGGUUUUUUUUACAACAACACAACCAUGCCACCCCCAGCUGACAUCGUGAAGGUGGCUAUCGAAUGGCCAGGUGCUAAUGCUCAGCUCAUUGAGAUGGACCAGAAAAGACCUUUGUCCUCAAUAAUACGAGAAGUAUGUGAUGGCUGGUCUUUGUCAGGCGCAGAGCAGUUUGCUCUGCGUUAUGCUGACGGCCCUCAGCUUUAUAUCACUGAGCAGAGCCGUGGUGAAAUCAAAAAUGGGACCAUCCUCCGAUUAGCCAUUUCACCUGCGCGUGCUGCUCGUCAGCUCCUGGAGAGGAUCCAGUCCCAUGGCAUCGACGCUCGCCUCGAGGCUCUGAAAGAGCUCGCCAAGCUGUCUGCAGAUCCAACUUUUGCCGCAGAGUUCAUUAACAUGGAAGGCAUCGGGACACUGGCACGUCUUGUGGAGAGUGGCACCCACUUCGGCGAAAUGCUGGCCUUCACUCUCACUGCCUUUCUGGAGCUAAUGGACCAUGGCAUUGUGUCCUGGGACCUAAUCUCACUCUCCUUCAUCAAACAGAUUGCAGGAUAUGUGAACCAGCCCAUGGUGGACGUGUCCAUCCUGCAGCGUUCUCUGGCCAUCCUGGAGAGCAUGGUCCUGAACAGUCACAGCCUCUACCAUCGAGUGGCCCAGGAAAUCACCGUGGGACAACUCAUCGGGCACCUGCAAGUGUCAAACCAGGAGAUCCAAACUUAUGCCAUCGCCCUGAUCAAUGCCCUUUUUCUGAAGGCACCAGAGGACAGACGACAGGAGGAGUAUACUAACCCGCUGGAGCAGCACCUCACUGAAAUGGCAAGCACUUUGGCCCAGAAACAUUUGCGAUCCAUCAUCCUCAAUCAUGUUAUUAGAGGAAAUCGACCAAUUAAAGCAGAAAUGGCACAUCAGCUGUAUGUGCUGCAGGUGUUGACCUUUAACCUUUUGGAAGAACGAAUGAUGACCAAAAUGGAUCCUAAUGACCAGGUCCAGAGAGAUAUCAUUUUUGAGCUGCGUAGGAUCGCCUUCGAUGGAGAAAAUGACCCCACUGGUACUGAGAAGAGAAAGGCAAUGUACACCAAGGAUUACAAGAUGCUGGGUUUCACUAACCAUGUGAACCCGGCCAUGGAUUUCACCCAGACUCCUCCAGGGAUGCUGGCUCUGGACAACAUGCUGUACCUGGCCAAAGUUCACCAGGACACGUACAUCAGGAUUGUCCUGGAGAACAGUAGCCGAGAGGACAAGCAUGAAUGUCCCUUUGGCCGGUGUGCCAUUGAACUCACUCGAAUGUUGUGCGAGAUACUCCAGGUUGGAGAGUUGCCUAACGAGGGUUGCAAUGACUACCACCCCAUGUUCUUUACCCACGACCGGGCGUGGGAGGAGUUCUUCUGUGUUUGCAUUCAGCUGCUUAAUAAAACCUGGAAGGAGAUGAGGGCCACAGCCGAAGACUUCAACAAGGUGAUGCAGGUGGUCCGAGAGCAGAUCACCAGGGCCCUGGCGAUGAAGCCGUCAUCUUUAGACCAGCUGAAGAAUAAACUGAGAGGCCUCAACUAUUCAGAGAUACUGCGUCUGCGGCAGUCAGAGAGAAUGAGCCAGGAUGACUUCCAGUCUCCACCUAUCAUUGAGCUGCGGGAGAGAAUUCAGCCCGAGAUCUUAGAGCUCAUCAAGCAACAGCGACUCAACCGGCUGUGUGAGGGAAGCUGCUUUCGUAAGCUGGGGAACCGCCGAAGGCAAGAGAAGUUUUGGUUCUGCAGACUCUCUCUGAAUCACAAAGUGCUGCACUAUGGGGACCUGGAUGAGUCACCUCAGGGUGAAGUGCCUUUUGAACUCCUCAGUGACAAGAUCCCUGUGUCAGAUAUCAAGUCUGUGGUAACUGGGAAGGACUGCCCUCAUAUGAAAGAAAAAAGUGCUCUGAAACAAAAUAAGGAGGUGCUGGAGUUAGCCUUCUCUGUCCUCUACGAUCCCGACGAGACGUUAAAUUUUGUUGCACCCAACAAGUAUGAGUACUGCAUCUGGACUGACGGGCUGUGUGCACUGCUGGGCAGAGAGAUGGGCAGUGACCUCACCCGCAGUGACCUAGAUACACUCAUCAGCAUGGAGAUGAAGCUCCGCCUCCUCGACCUUGAGAACAUCACAAUCCCAGAAGCCCCUCCUCCUGUCCCGAAGGAGCCUAGCUCGUACAACUUCACCUACAACUACAGCUGAGGUGUGUGUGUGUGUGUGUGUGUGUGUGUGUGUGUGUGUGUGUGUGUGUGUGUGUGUGUGUGUGUGUGUGUGUGUGUGUGUGUGUGUGUGUGUGUGUGUGUGUGUGUGUGUGUGUGUGUGUGUGUGUGUGUGUGUGUGUGUGUGUGUGUGUGUGUGUGUGUGUGUGUGUGUGUGUGUGUGUGUGUGUGUGUGUUCACUGCAUGUGUUUGUCAAGGAUGAGAAUACUCCUCUUUUGAUGAACUUAGCCGCAAAUCUUUGCACCAGAAAAGGCUACUUUGAAUUUUACUUUUGAGAACAAUGGAGACUCCAGAUCUCCAUGUUUGUGAUGUUAUAUUGUUCAAAAAGAAGAAAUGUGUUUAUAGCUUCAGGGGGCGGUCAGAGGUCAGGGUGCUUUACAGAGCAGUUCUCCUGGAGGUGUUACAGAUUCAGUGAUCAAACUCAUUCAUCAGUGGAGUCUCCAGGCAACAAUUGUUUUUCUUAUAUUCUCCAUUCCUUACCAAUGGUAAAGUGCAAGGAUAAUCCCUCUAAUCCACAGUUUGUAACUAUUAGAAUGUCAAUCAUAUGGAGACAGAACAGUGUAGGGCUACUAAUGAUUAUUGUAUUGAUUCAUUUAUAUACAAAUGUUUCUAUCUUAUAUAGAUUCAAUUAUCUUUAUAUCCUCUAUUAAUUAAUCAUAGAAAAAUCUUAAAGAUAAGGUUGUACAUAAUCUAAUAAUGAAAUUAAUCUAUAAAAUGCUGGAAAUUGUAAUCACAUUCCCCAGAGCCCAAUUUGACAUAUUUGUAUUUUUCUUUUUCUUUUUUCCAAAACUCAAAGAUCUUCAGGGUCACUAUUAUGAAAAACCAAGAAAACCAGCAAAUAGUCAUAUUUGAGAAGCACGUGACCUACACAAGACUGAUCAUGAUUGACCAGAAUCAUGACAGAUGAAGUAUCUAAUCUUAUUAUAGUUGGACUAUAAACUAUGUUUUUGUCCAUUUGACAUUCCAGUGGUGGCACAGCGCUGAAACGUGGAGAGGUCUGACUACAUGAGAUUGUAGUUUAACGAAUAUGGAGUCUGUGUUGUGCUGGGAGCCGCUAGUCGACGUUAGCAGACUCCACUGCUACACUGCUAGUGUUAGAUAGCUGCGUUAGAAGUGUUGGGGUCAGCUAAACGAUUCUGUUGGCGGAGCGAGAAUAGACGGUACAUCCUCUAGGGAAAAUCUGUCCUGGGUCCUUUACAUAGGCUGUUAAAGGCAACCGAGAAAGUCUAGGGAAGGUUUCCUUUUCUAGGUUACAUUACAGUUUGUUCACACAUUGGCAAUUCAAAAAAAAAAUUGUCUCAUUAUCAACUGGUCAGUUAAUAGACUCAUUUAUAUACGCUAUAUACGAAAUACUGUAACCAUUUAGGCAUCUGUUAACUUAUGACUCGACAUUCAUGCUAGUUCACAUUGUUGGAUGCACUUCACUCCUUUUCAUAGCCUGUUAAACAGUGAGGAAAUGUGCGAAGUAUUGCUCAUAUGGCUGGCCUACCGCGCGUGUCUGUGCCGGUAUGUUUGAAGAUUUGGGGAUUUCGUGUUUGUUGCUUGUAAGAAGUAAACAUAUUAUUUUAUGACUGAAGUCGCAUUCAAAGCUCUGACAUCCAACACAUCAAAAAGCAUUAAUAUAUGAACUUUCCUGUUGAAUCAUAGUCACUGCAUUGCCUUAUCGGUCAUACACUCACCAGAUUUUUUUUGGGUAUCAUUAGCUUUUAUCCGCAGUAUGUGAAUGGUUUACGGUACAUCAUAUCACAAUGUCAUGUAGCUGUAGCUGAUAUAAGGAGAAUAUUAAGCAAUUAUGAAUGUUUUUGUGAAGCAUUUAUAACUUCUUCAACAGAUAUUGGACAUUUGAUAAUACAGUAUAUGUUAGUGGUCAACAAUUUGUUAAAUAUAUAACAAUUUGUGCUAUAAAGCACUUAUUGUACUGUACCGUAUGUACAGUACAGUACAGCAGAAAUAAAACCAUUCAUAGGGAUAUUUAAAACUACUGAAAAGUUACAGCAAUUUCAUACUGUGAUAUCAAACAUUCAUGUACUGUUUGAUUUAUAUCUGCUACAACGAUUUUUGUGCGUGUUGCAAACCAUUUGUUAAUUGUUAAAUGGUUAAUAUAAAGUGUCACCACAUUUGGGCAUAUGAAAGGGACAAUUGUCCGUAGUAUUUUUCUUCAGUACAGUGGCUUUGUUUAAAACAAACUUACUUUCACAUUCCAUGCGUGUUUGAUGCCUCUGGUGUUUGAAUUAAUCAGCGUUUUUGAGGCUGGAUUUUAGACUUCUUAUCGCACUGUGCACGGGCAGAACAGAAUUCAAAGGGACAAAACAGAAGCUCUGCCUUCAAAUGAAAGGUGAAAUUCACCUGAAAACAGCUGAGUGACGUGGCCUUGAGCAUCAAGAAUAUUUAGUAUGGCUUAUACAACGGUACAGAAACGUGUGCUUUGUAUACAACGGCCUGAAUUACAGUUGUAUUGCUUGAUGUCAUUUUUUUUGUGCUUUUGGAUUUAAACUUUUUGUGUAUUUGAUUCAUGUCACUUAAUGUCCCGUCAACUUGUAAUGUGGUACUAAACACUGCUGUCAUUUGUUAAUUCAGAAUAGAAGUAUAUUUUUGUAAGUGAUUGUACAAUCUGUUCAGCUGUGAAGAGAAUGCGUAUUGAACUAACAUCACAGCUUCACUUUGCAUCAGUGUGUACAGAACAUGCAGCAUGCUCGUCACUGGAAGGACAUUUCGCAUUGGAUUUUAUUUUAUUUUUAAAGUAUCGACCACAUUUUAAAAACCACAACUUUUUGUCAUUUAGGGAUGACACCCACUCCAGCCCCUAAUAAUGAUGUCAGUGUUAAUGUAAUGAUUUAAAAAAAAACAAAAAAAACAAAAAAACAAAACUGCAAUUACUGUUUAAGCUCUUUGUAAAAAGGAAUAUAUUCCUUUAGUUUUUUUAAAUCAUGUUUAACCUUUUCUGAUUUUCGACUGCUUACAAAUUUAUAUUACAAUAAGUCACUAAACUCUUAAUCUGCUCUCGGAAAUAGAAAAACUUCCGCUAAAAUAUAUCGAUAAACAAACUUCAGCAGUGUGUAAAGGGUUGUUGCAUUGGACGUUACUGUAUGACUUGAGGUUUUCGCAUCUUGUUCUCUUUUACAUGACUUGCUAAACUAUUUAUUUACACUUGCUAGUAACAAUAAAGAAUGACAUGUUGUUAGUUGAGAAAUAACAACAUAAAAUAUGGAAUACAUAUAGAUAAAUGUAUGUAUAUACAGUGAUGUGUUGCCUUAUUGAAAAAGAUCUAUAAUGUUUUGUGUGAAUAAAUACAAAGUGUAACUGCU